UUACUGUGAAAGCCAAUCUUUUUUAGAUGUGAUGGAACAUCAGCUUGUACCUACUCUUACUGAAAUACCUCCUAUAGCUCCAAUUAUCAGUGGGGAUCCCAUGCAUCAGAUGGAAAAUUAUCAUCUGGACAACACUGUUGCAACACAGCAUACUACUAAUUAUCCACAAAGUAUGACUCAUCCCAAGAGAUACACCAAAUGGCCUUCUUGUCCUCAGUACUGGGUACAAAUUAUAUUGGUACAAGUUAACCCUGGGGAAACCCUUACCAUAAAGUCUGAUGAUGGGACCAUUCAGAAUAUUCAAGGACCUGCUGAUGUACCUCUGAUGUCACCAAGUGGUACUUUGCCACCAAUAUAUCUUCCUCCUGGUUACAUAUCUCAGGUAGUGGAAGAAAAUGGAAUUCGCAAAAUCAUCAUUGUGCCUCAGACAAUUGACUAUCACACACCUGUGCCUGCUCCUAUACAAGCACCACACUUCAUAACACCAUCCACUAUUAUGUAUUCACAAGCCCCUCAACUGAUGUAUCCCCGAGCUCAAGGGGAAUUUCCACUGCCUUACAUCCAAGAACCUGUUCAACAGCAACUGCUGCCACCGCCACCACCACCAGCAGCAACAUUUAUGUACCAAGAGCAUCACGAAACAUAUUCUCCUGGAAAAGCAAAUUAUAACCAAUUUGAAGAAAGGGCUGUGAAGAUAGGAGAAUGUAUGAAGAAAAAAAUGACAGAACGCCAAGUUGGUGGACACAAGAAUAGCUCUAUGCUUGUGAACAAAGCUAAUGAGUUGUCAAGUACUUCUCCUUCUCCAAGUACUUACACUGUGGACAAUGCUCCACCCAAGGACACUGCUGACAAUACAUUGAGCACAUCCACUGUGAAUAACACUUUGAGCAUUUGCCCUGCCGAAAAUUCUCUUAGUACCAAUGCUGUUGACAAUACUCCAAACACUUACAUCACUGACAAAACUCCCAGCACUUCUUCUACUGACCACGCCUCUAGCACUUCCAUCUCACACACUUCUUUUUGCCCUGACACCACUAAUGGUGUUCCAGGCUCUUCCAGCACUAAUUAUGUUCCCAAGACUGCCACCUCUGACAUAAGUGCUACUCCAAGCUGUUCUAUUUCUGACAGAGUGCCUGACACUUCCAUCUCUAAAAAUGUUCCCAGCUCAUCUGCCAUUGAUAAUUCUCUCAGUACUUCCCGUACUCCCAGCACAUCCAAUGCUGCCAAGGCUCAGGUUGAGAGCAAUCAUAGAAAGAAGCAGAAUGCUAAAGGAGGCGGAGAGGGCAAGCAAAAAUCAGGUGGAAAACAAAGCAAGAGCCAAUUAUCAAAUGCAGCACGAAAAGAAUACAAAACAGAACACAGAAAAUCAUGCUGUUUCAAUAUUGAGAAACCUGUUGUUUCUGAUAUUCAAACAAGAUCUGCUGUUAUUUCAUGGAAUCUGCAUGGUUCUGAGAAAUGUGAUCAUACUAAAGCUCCUGUAACAUUUGAAUUGGCAAUAUCUAACAGUGGUAAAAAUGGAAAAUUUAAAAACAUUUAUAUUGGUAAUGAAGUUACAUUUACUCUACAUGAUCUGCAACCAUCCAUGGGCUAUUUUAUAAGAGUCACAACUAUAAGAGGCUCAGAACACAAAACUGUGUCUGAAGUGGUUAACUUCACAACACCAGGCUGUGAACCAGACCCUCCACUUGCACCCAAACUGAUUAACCGAUCGAAGAAUAGCCUGAAUUUACAGUGGAAAGGUUCCAAUUAUAAUGGUUCCAAAAUAAACAGCUUCGUUUUGGAAUGGGAUGAGGGUAAAAGGUGCAACUUCAAAAGUUGUUAUACAGGUACCAUGAAACCAAAAUCCUUAAACCUGAAUCAAUCUACAAAAUGACUCAAAUUCAGAUUAGCUGCCAAAAAUAACUGUUGUCAUUUCAGUGAAUAGGCAGUCUUCUAUAAGACAUCAGGAACUAUGCCUCCAUACAACCUUCAACCUCCUAAAACUAAAGGAAGGCAGGAAUCUGUAAGUUUAUCACUAGAAUGGUGUGUGUUGUCACCAACACAAACCCCAAAUACAGUCUUUACUUAUGUGACUAGAAUGGAGAAAGCAAGGACUGGAUUAGGUUUUAAACCGAAAUACAAUGGAGAAGACCUCUCAUGUACUGUACGAAAUCUUCAGAGAAGUACUACAUACAAGUUUAGGAUUUUUGCCUACAAUAUGGAAGGAAGAAGCCACCCCAGUGGAGAAGUAAAAUAUACUACCUAUCCAGAUAAGCCUGGAUCUCCUAGAAAACCAUACAUAAAGGGAAAGAUCCAUGCACACAGAGUCAAAAUUGGAUGGGAAUCACCCAAAGAUAAUGGUGGCAGACACAUUUCAAGUUAUAGUUUAGAAGUUAAUGAAAAUUCAGAUGUGAAUCUUUGGAACAUAAUCUAUACUGGCACCAUAAGGGAAUUUUUAUAUGAUCACCUGCAAGCUGGUACUACAUAUAUAACUGAGAGUCUUUUGCACUUACCUAUAGGCCAAAGCCCGCUUGGAUCUCAUUCAAUGAAAUGUGAAACUGUACCAGUUCGACACCCUCCUUCUCAAUGUGGUACACCUGUGCUAACCUGCAAGGGUCCAACCUGUGUGGUUGUUAGUUGGAGAAUUCCUGAGUGCAAUGGUGCUGAAAUCACUGAUUACAGACUAGAAUGGGGACAAAUUGAAGAAUCAAUGCAUUUGAUUUAUACCGGCCCUUGUCUGCGCUAUGAAGUUAAAGGUCUCAUUCCUGCAACUACAUAUUUUUGCAGAGUCCAG